GACCGCGUAGGCGCUUACUUAACAAUAGAUCCUCAUAGAAGAAAAAGCUAUGCAAAGGAGACAUUUUUCAUUUUCCUAAUAAUUUCCAUUUAACAGCUCUAUCGCAUAGUUCAUCCUCUUCGAUUAUAUUCGCAAUGGAUUAUGAUUUCAGGAACAGAACAGGUCCGCCGUACGAGGCGCAGAUCCCGGUUUACCGACAACAACCCACUUCAUCGUCAUCAUCAACCCAUCCGAUGUACGGAGCUCCAUUAUACCCAAGGGUCGGUGGUCAACCCGCCGCUCACAGCGUUCUCCCUACCGCAACCCGCGCCUCUUCUUUCCACCAGACUUCUGCUCCUUCCACAUCCUCUGGAUUGGGCAUUAGGGUUGCUUUGAAACCAGAGUAUCGUAUUACUCCUCCGCCUCAACUGUCUCCUCAAGUUGCGGAUAUUCCUCGAAGCAAUUUCCAGUUUGAUUUCGACUUUGAGAGGAAAAUCUUGGCUGAAGCGGAAAAAGAAAGCAUGAAUUGGAGCAAGCUUGGCUUGGAAAACUUUUCUUCAAAGCCGACCGAAACUACUUCUUCAAUGGGUGCAAAUUCAGACCAUGUGGUGAGCAAAUACAUUGCCGCUGAACUCAGCCGUGAUGCAGUGAUGGUUGCGGUUGCAAAUUAUGGCGACAAUCCAACCAAGGUUCGGGAAUUUGUCACCGGCUACAACCUACUGCGAGAAAUGGGAUUCUCAGCAAACAAUGUAGCCGAAGCAUUACUCAUGUAUGACAAUGACACAGACAAGGCAUUGGCACAUUUCCUUAACAACGCAUCAUGAGUAUGAUAUAAUCAAUUAAAUGGUUUUUAUGCCAAUGAAAACUGGAAUGAUUUUAUACCAUUGAUUUCCGUGUGUUUUGCUGCAUUAAACAGACUGUACAAAUAGUCAUUCUGUAAUAUUUGUUGUCUCUAAUAAAGGGUAUCUCUUUGGUGUUAAA